CCACGUUGCAUGGCAGCAGGAAGACUAGUGUGUCCUUUGCCGGAGUAGUUGUUGUAAUCUUCAACUCGCUCCUGACAAACAUGUCGAGUCAUUAACUCGGGACUCGUAGCGUGUCCCUGUUGGGGCAUUUUAGCAAGAUGACCGCACGACCAUGUCUAUUUCGGCUCGCCCGGCUGCGGCGUCACAUCAACUGCGCCACUCGUUUCAGGGCUGGGGUUUAUCAUGCGGCUCCCGAGUCGGGUUUUUUAAACAGCCAGGACCGAGGUGGCUCCUUGGUUUGCUGCAGGGCUACUUCGUCCAACAACUCCGCUCCCAAACCCCCGGACACCUCUCUGUUCGUGCCUGUCUCUCUGAGGACCGACGUCGGUGUGGAUGAAAGCGUCGGAGCAGAGCUAAGCCAACCGCUGGAUAAAAGUGAGCUGUUAAAAAUUCUAAACCGGUUCUAUAAGAAGAAGGAGAUACAAAAGUUGGCAGCAGACAACGGCCUUGAUGCUCGUUUGUUCCAUCAGGCUUUUGUCAACUUCAGGAAAUAUGUCCUUGAGGUGGCGUCUCUUCCUGCUGAUCUGCACAUCAUCCUCAGUGACAUCUGUGCUGGAGCAGGUCACAUCGACGACAUCUUCCCCUAUUUUAUGCGUCACGCCAAGCAGAUCUUUCCAAUGCUUGAUUGUAUGGACGACCUGCGAAAGAUCUCUGACCUCCGAGUGCCGGCCAACUGGUACUCGGAAGCUCGUGCCAUUCAGAGAAAAAUUGUGUUCCAUGCUGGGCCCACCAACAGUGGUAAAACCUACAACGCCAUUCAGCGCUACCUGGCGGCAAAGUCCGGAGUCUACUGUGGCCCCCUGAAACUGCUGGCGCACGAAAUCUUUGAGAAGAGCAAUCAAGCGAAUGUUCUAUGUGACCUGGUGACUGGGGAGGAGAGAACCUUCGUGGACCCAGAGGGUCGACCGUCUCAUCAUGUUGCCUGCACGAUCGAAAUGUGUAACGUUACAACUCCCUAUGAAGUUGCUGUUAUCGAUGAAAUACAAAUGAUCAGAGAUCCGUCCAGAGGCUGGGCUUGGACACGAGCCCUGCUGGGUCUUUGUGCCGAGGAAAUCCAUGUGUGUGGUGAACCUUCAGCCAUAGGCUUUGUCCGGGAGCUCAUGUUCACCACUGGAGAGGAGGUGGAGGUUCACACCUACCAACGCUUGACCCCGUUUUCAGUCUUGGAUCAGGCCGUUCAGUCGCUGGACAACCUGAGGCCAGGAGACUGCAUCGUGUGCUUCAGUAAAAACGACAUCUACUCACUCAGCCGACAAAUUGAGGCGAGGGGAAUAGAGUGUGCUGUGAUCUACGGGAGUCUGCCUCCAGGUACCAAGCUCUCCCAGGCCAAAAAAUUCAAUGAUCCUGAUGAUCCUUGUAAAAUCUUGGUUGCAACCGAUGCCAUAGGGAUGGGUCUCAAUUUGAGUAUCAAGCGCAUCAUCUUCAACAGUCUGGUCAAACCAAACAUCAAUGAGAAGGGGGAGAAACAGAUGGAGACCAUCAGCACCUCACAAGCGCUGCAGAUUGCCGGUCGUGCAGGAAGGUUCUCCUCUAAGUUCAAAGAGGGAGAGGUUACAACAAUGCACAGGGAUGAUCUCCCCGUCCUGAAGGAGAUACUCAGCCAUUUGGUGGAUCCAAUAGAGACUGCAGGUCUUCAUCCCACUGCAGAGCAGAUCGAGAUGUUUGCUUAUCAUCUGCCGGACGCGACGCUCUCCAACCUGAUCGACAUUUUCGUCAGUCUGUCUCAGGUGGACGGCCUGUAUUUCGUCUGCAACAUCGAGGACUUCAAGUUUCUGGCCGACAUGAUUCAGCACAUCCCUCUCAGCCUGAGGUCUCGCUACGUCUUCUGUACCGCUCCCAUCAAUAAGAAGCAGCCUUUCGUCUGCACCUCCUUCUUGAAGUUUGCACGACAGUUUAGCAGAGACGAACCGCUAACGUUCGACUGGAUUUGUCGCCAUGUCAACUGGCCUGUGGCUCCACCCAAAAACAUCAAAGACCUGGUUCACCUGGAAGCCGUCCAUGACGUGCUGGAUCUCUACCUCUGGCUCAGCUACCGCUUCAUGGACAUGUUCCCGGACACGGCAUUGGUCCGGAAUAUUCAACAAGAACUUGAUGACAUCAUCCAACAAGGCGUCCAGAACAUCACGCGCCUGAUCCGAGCCACCGACCCGACCAUCACAGAGUCCCAGAACAGCCGCAGCGGCUCGGCACCGGCGGGUUCCCUCAGCGGUGGCGGCGGCGGCGGCGGUGGUGGUCAUGUGAUGAGCAGGAGAGGCCCGAAGGAGAGCAACUCACUGGCCAGUCGCCUGGUGAGAGACGGACUUUUGACGUCAGACGUGCUGCAGCAGCUGCAGAGGGAGUGGCUCAAGGACCAGAAGUCCAGAAUCGGAACCGAGACUGAGGAAGGACAUUACGAUGAUAACAACAAAGGGAGAAGAAAAAAGAAGAAGAAAUGAUGAAUUGUUUGAUUAAAAACUGUAUAUUUUUAAAAGAGUAUCAUGUGAACAAGGCUGAGAUGACCAACAUUCUGAAGGGUGGUUAAUAUUCUCCCGUGGAGAAGCAGAUGCUCCUUCUUUUUCCUGUCAUGGAGCUCUACUUUGUUGUGUGUUAGAGGACUCAUCGUGUGAAUUACAGUGUGUGUUGCUUGUUCGUGGGACGUCAGGAGCCGGGGAUGUGGUGCACUCUGUGCCCUGUCCCAUCAUAAACGACAGCAGACUGGAGCCAGGGGUUUAUAUGAUUACUAAUGUAUAAUAAAAUCUCAACUCUUGAUUGAGAGAACAGAGGUUUGGCUUCGGUUAAUCAUUAAACCCCUGACCUUUGCUCUGAACAAGACGCUGUCAGUCUGGCUCUGCAAGUAAAGGUUCAUGAGGCGAAUGCUGCUCUGUCUG